UGCGCUGGGCUACUGUAGGCUAGCCUAUAUUGUUUAUGGUUUUUAUUUUUAUUUUAGCCUAUGAGUCGGUAUUUUAUUUCCAAAUUCAUUUUGCUAUAUUUUUGCCCAUCCCUAUAGGUCUAUGUUAAUGAAUGUUAAUCUGACGGACAAUCCUCACAGCCUACUCCUAUCACAAGACAACAGCAAGGAACUGCAACGUCAAAUUGCACUAUCUGGAUGCGUGCACACCAUGCGCAGACGGUUCAGUCUGUGCAAUGUAGAGGAACGUACGCAACCCCACGCGCGAGUUUGAUGGCGUCAAAACAAUAACGGGAUUAUAUUUGUCCUGACAAAUGUCAUUAUAGGAGCUGUCUGCGGAGGAGGAUGCUUGGGUGCGAAUCAGGGUCGGGGCUGCGCUACAGGCUGACCUUUGUGUCAGGGCUACUGGAGUGCCUGUGUUUUGCUGGUGUGGUGUUUGGGUGGGCCUCUCUGGCCUUUGUCCUCAAAGCGGAUGGCUACUUCAGUGACCUCUGUGUGAACACGACAGAGUCCAACAGCACUCUUCUGAAUACAGAUUGCAGUGGGCAAGAUGAGCAGUUCUCCUUGAUCUUCACCAUUGCUUCCUUCCUCAACAACUUCCUCACCUUGCCCAAUGGCUUCAUUUUUGACCACUUCGGGACCCUAGCAACAAGAUUCAUGGGAAUAACCCUCUACACCACUGGGACCUUGUUGAUGGCGGCAUCCAGUGCAGUGCUGUCCAGCUUGCUCUUCCCAGCUCUGUCCUUGAUUGCUGUCGGUGGCAUUUUGAUGCUCAUGACAAAUAUGCAGGUGGGGAACCUCUUUGGCACACACCGCUCUACCAUCAUCACCCUCUACAAUGGUGCCUUUGAUUCUUCCUCUGCCAUCUUUUUUAUUAUCAAGGUGCUGUUUGAAGGUGGGAUUUCUCUGCGACUCUCCUUCCUUGUCAUUUCUGCAUGCAGUGUCAUCCAUUUCCUUCGCACCAUCUUUCUCAUGCCCAUAACACACAUUCCUCAUCCCAUUCCAGAGGGCUACACAUAUGGGGUCAGCUGUGGGAAGUCCAGUAGCUACAAUGUGGAGGAGUAUGAGAGCUCCCGAGCCGUUGAGGAGUCAGGGGGAGCUAAGGGCCGGGGGCAGAUGGAUAAACUCUCAUCACAGCCACAGGAUGGACUCCGGUCUCGGGACAUUCCAGAGGAAGAACCAAAUUUCCGGUCCUGCUUCCUUUCCUGGUUCUUCUUUUGGCACCUGUUGUGGCUCUCUGUCAUGCAGCUCCGCCACUACCUCUUCAUUGGCACCUUGAACCCAAUGCUCAACCGGCUGGCCAACCAAGAUCCUACGCUGGUGAGUCAAUACACCAACGCCUUCGCCUUCACUCAGUUGUGUGGAGUUCUAUGUGCUCCUUGGAAUGGGCUCCUCAUGGAUAGACACAAGGGCAAGCCAUUGCCAUCAGGAAUGACGGAGAGGGAGGCCGACCUUCGCUCCGCCGUCCUCUCCCUCUUCCUCACCUCCCUCCAGUGCCUGCUGUUCUCCAUCUGUGCCACGUCCCCUCUCCUCCCACUCCAGUACCUCACCUUCAUUCUGCAGGUGGUCAACCGAUCCUUCCUGUAUGGUGGAAAUGCCGCCUUUAUCAGUAUUGCGUUUCCAGGCCAACAUUUUGGGAAGUUGUAUGGCUUGGUGAUGUCACUAUCUGCUGUAGUGUCACUACUUCAGUACCCAUGCUUUGCCCUGGUUAAAGCGCUAGAUGGGGAUCCAUUAUAUGUCAACAUUGCCCUGACUCUCCUCACUCUAGUGGCCUUCAUCCAUCCUGUGUACGUAUACUUCCACUGCAGGAGACUGGCCAAUGAGAGAGAGACGUUCUCGGACAUUCCUUUGAGGGAGGCCAAUUUCUAGAGGGGAUUCAAAUCCUGAUAGUCUGACCAGCUCAAACCAGCAGUGAGUGUUUUUGGUCUAAAACCAGCAAGCUAACUACCUAAAAGAGAAACCUGAUAAAGCAUUGAUAAAAGCAUGCUAACUUGGUGUCCUCUUGGUAAUAUAAUAGGCAAUGCCAAGCUGUGUUAGCUUGUCUUACAUUUGUGAAGGUACCACAUCUAUGGUAAGAGAGCCUGAGGGACAAGUGGGAAUGGCGGCCUAGUUAUCUGUCCUUCACAUAAGCAUAUACAGUAUAACAUCAAAACGAAUCUGAAGAUGAUUCCAAAAGGAGUUUCCCGUAAAAGCGAUACAUUCCUGCAUGCUGUUGUAUUUAAUAUGUGAUUUUUUUGUUCAUUCUAGCAUAUUUUUUAUCAGCUGUUCUCAAUUGUUUGUUUGUUUGUUUUUAUACAUUUUAGUAUUUUUAAUUCUAGAAUUGUGGAGCGCUGGUCACAUGUGUCUCAGGCAAAUUGGCUAAAGGCUGGUGCUGUUGUAGGUUACAACAUGGUAAAGCUGAUUUUCUGUGAAAUUGGCAGGUGUUUAUUUAGGCUUUAUCUGUGCUAUGUGUGAUACCAAACAAAAUGAAUGAAUAAAAAUCUUUAAAGUACA